GAGAGAGGGGGGAGGAAGGGCACCCAGGUGAAGGAAGGGCUGACCUGCCGUGGAACAAGGAUGAAGGUGGUGGUCUGGUGUUGUGGGUCAUGCUCUGCCAGGAUCUGAGUUGUUCUAUUUGGCUGGAGACCCCGUUGCUUUGCCCCCCCGGAGGGGCUCUUUUCCUGGAAAAUCCGGGAAAAGCCAGGCGGGAGGAGCGGGAACCAUGAACCAGCAGACGGAUCCUCCGCGGCCAAUCAACUGGACCAUCAGGAAACUGUGCGCCGCAGCCUUCCUACCAUCCGUACGCCUGCUCAAGGCACAGAAAUCGUGGAUAGAAAGAGCCUUCAGCAAGAGAGAAUGUGUUCAUAUCAUAGUGAGCGCCAAAGACCCCCAUAGGUGCUGCUGCGGCCGUCUGAUUGGUCAGCACGUUGGCCUGCCCCCCGGCAUCUCCUCCAGUCAGAAUGAUAAGGCGGAGCGUCUGGUUAAGAAUGACAGCCUAUCGGAGAAAUGGUCUAUCAGUAAACACACCCAGCUCAGCCCCACUGAUGCCUUCGGAACUAUCGAGUUCCAGGGAGGGGGCCACUCUAACAAAGCCAUGUAUGUGCGCGUGUCCUAUGACACCAAACCAGAACUCCUGCUACACCUGAUGACUAAGGAAUGGCAGCUGGACCUUCCCAAGCUGCUCAUCUCAGUGCAUGGGGGCCUGCAGAACUUUGAGCUGCAGCCCAAACUCAAACAGGUCUUUGGCAAGGGCCUCAUCAAGGCUGCCAUGACAACGGGGGCCUGGAUCUUCACUGGCGGGGUCAACACAGGGGUGAUCCGGCAUGUGGGUGAUGCGCUGAAGGACCAUGCCUCUAAAUCCCGGGGGAAGAUCUGCACUAUCGGUAUUGCCCCCUGGGGCAUUGUGGAGAACCAGGAGGACCUGGUGGGAAAAGACGUGGUCCGACCGUAUCAGACCAUGUCCAACCCGCUGAGCAAGCUGACUGUGCUCAACAGCCUGCACUCCCAUUUCAUCCUGGCCGAUAAUGGGACAACAGGAAAGUACGGUGCUGAGGUCAGACUGCGUAGACAGCUAGAGAAACACAUCUCCUUGCAGAAAAUCAACACACGUAUUGGUCAGGGAGUGCCAGUGGUGGCUCUGAUAGUGGAGGGGGGUCCUAAUGUGAUCUCCAUCGUGUUAGAGUACCUAAGGGACACUCCACCUGUGCCCGUGGUGGUGUGUGAUGGGAGCGGGCGUGCUUCGGACAUCCUGGCAUUUGGACACAAGUACUCCGAGGAGGGAGGGAUCAUAAAUGAGUCUCUGAGGGACCAGUUGCUGGUGACCAUCCAGAAGACCUUCACGUACAGCCGGACCCAGGCCCAGCACCUCUUCAUCAUCCUCAUGGAAUGCAUGAAGAAGAAGGAGCUGAUAACCGUUUUUCGGAUGGGGUCUGAGGGACACCAGGACAUUGACCUGGCCAUUCUCACUGCACUGCUAAAAGGUGCCAACGCAUCGGCUCCUGACCAGCUCAGCCUGGCCCUGGCCUGGAACCGAGUGGACAUUGCCCGCAGUCAGAUCUUCAUCUACGGACAGCAGUGGCCUGUGGGUUCUCUGGAGCAGUCUAUGCUGGAUGCCCUGGUGCUGGACAGAGUGGACUUCGUCAAGCUGCUGAUCGAGAACGGAGUGAGCAUGCAUCGCUUCCUCACCCUCUCCAGACUGGAGGAGCUCUACAACACGAGGCAUGGACCAUCCAACACCCUACACCACCUGGUCAGAGAUGUCAAAAAGGGUAACCUGCCACCAGACUACCGCAUUAGUCUCAUUGACAUCGGAUUGGUCAUUGAGUACUUGAUGGGCGGAGCUUACCGAUGCAACUACACCAGGAAGAGGUUUAGAACUCUGUAUCAUAACCUCUUUGGACCCAAAAGACCCAAAGCCCUGAAACUGCUGGGGAUGGAGGAUGACAUGCCGAUCCGGAGGAGUCGCCAGAAGACUACACGUAAGCGAGAGGAGGAGGUGGACAUUGACCUGGACGACCCUGAGAUCAACCACUUCCCCUUCCCCUUCCACGAGCUGAUGGUGUGGGCCGUGCUGAUGAAGCGACAGAAGAUGGCACUGUUCUUCUGGCAGCAUGGGGAGGAGGCCAUGGCAAAAGCCCUGGUGGCCUGUAAGCUGUGUAAGGCCAUGGCCCACGAGGCCUCCGAGAACGACAUGGUGGACGACAUCUCACAGGAGCUGAACCACAACUCCAGAGAGUUUGGACAGUUGGCUGUGGAGCUGCUGGACCAGUCAUACAAGCAGGACGAGCAGAUGGCCAUGAAGUUGCUGACCUAUGAGCUGAAGAACUGGAGUAAUGCCACCUGCCUGCAGCUGGCCGUGGCCGCUAAGCACCGUGACUUCAUUGCCCACACCUGCAGCCAGAUGCUGCUCACUGACAUGUGGAUGGGACGCCUGCGCAUGCGCAAGAACUCUGGGCUGAAGGUGAUCUUGGGCCUGCUGCUGCCUCCGUCCAUCCUGAGUCUGGAGUUUAAGAACAAGGAUGAGAUGUCGUACAUGCCUCAAGACCAGGACACCUACCUGCAGGAGAAGGAGGAGGAAGAGCCCGAGCCCGCCAAAGAAAAGGAGGAAGAGGACAUGGAGUUCACAGUAAGAUCCUACUGUGAGACGCAGUACAACUCCGUGGCCAUGCUGGGUAAGGUAAGCACGGAGGCGUCUCGUAAGAAGGGUGUGGGGGAGGUCCAGAAUAGACACCGGCUCAUCCCCAUGGGCCGGAAGAUCUACGAGUUCUACAACGCCCCCAUCGUCAAGUUCUGGUUUCACACAAUGGCCUAUGUGGCGUAUCUGAUGCUGUUUAACUAUAUUGUGCUGGUGAAGAUGGACCUGUGGCCCUCACCGCAGGAGUGGAUUGUCAUCGCUUACAUCUUCACCAAUGGCAUCGAGAAGAUGAGAGAGAUUCUGAUGUCGGAGCCAGGGAAGCUGUUGCAGAAGGUGAAGGUGUGGCUCCAGGAGUACUGGAACAUCACAGACCUCAUGGCCAUCCUCAUUUUCUCCGUGGGCAUGGUUCUCCGUCUCCAGGAGCCGCCAUUCAUGAGCUACGGACGGGUCAUCUACUGCGUAAACAUUAUCUAUUGGUACAUCCGGCUGCUCGACAUCUUUGGCGUCAACAAGUACCUGGGCCCAUAUGUCAUGAUGAUCGGCAAGAUGAUGAUUGACAUGAUGUACUUUGUGAUCAUCAUGCUGGUGGUGUUGAUGAGUUUUGGGGUGGCUCGGCAGGCCAUCCUGAACCCCAAUGAGGACCCGUCCUGGAUGCUGGCUCGGAACAUAUUCUUCAUGCCCUACUGGAUGAUCUACGGAGAGGUGUUCGCCGACCAGAUCGACCAUGUGCAUAGUAGGAAGCUAAAGCACAGGCUGAAUUCAAAACUCUGGAUGGUCGAAAAUCAAUUUCGAGCUCAUGGAACCUGGCGUAAUAAUGCUCCGUGUGGCCAGAAUAUCACCGCGGACGACGGACAUGUUGUGACUCUGCCGCCAUGUAAGACGGGAGCCUGGAUCGUUCCUGCCAUCAUGGCCUGCUACUUGCUGGUGGCCAACAUCCUGCUGGUCAACCUGCUCAUAGCUGUCUUCAACAACACCUUCUUUGAGGUGAAGUCCAUCUCCAACCAGGUGUGGAAGUUCCAGAGAUACCAGCUCAUCAUGACCUUCUACGAGCGGCCCAUCCUCCCCCCUCCCCUCAUCAUCUUCAGUCACAUGACCAUGGUCCUCAAGCACCUGUGCUGUCGCUGGCGGAAGCACGACGAUGACGAGAGAGACUAUGGCCUUAAGCUCUUCAUCACUGAAGACGAGCUGAAGAAAGUUCAUGACUUUGAGGAGCAGUGCAUUGAGGAGUACUUCCGUGAGAAAGAUGACCGCUUCAACUCCUCAAAUGACGAGAGGAUCCGAGUGACGUCAGAAAGAGUGGAGAACAUGGCUAUGCGUCUGGAGGAGGUGAAUGAGAGAGAACAUUUCAUGAAGGCAUCUCUACAGACCGUGGACAUCCGUCUGGCCCAGAUGGAGGAGCUGAUUGGUCGGAUCGCUGUGGCUCUGGAGCGAGUCACGGGAGUGGAGCGGGGCGAGGUCAACAAGGCCCGCUCUCGCACCUCCUCUGACUGCACAGACUCGGCCUACGUGCUGCGUCAGGGUGAAUGCCCAGAUGCAGCAUACUUUUUGCGCCAGAGCAGCUUCAACAGCCAAGAGGGGAACUCCUACCGGCUCAAUGAGGGUGCAGAGGGCUCCAUUUCGCCGCCCUCCCCCACCAGUCUGGCCAUGCGCACACGCAGCCACUCUUUCUACGUGGGCGGAGGUCGCGAGCGAGCCGGGGCCGACCAGGCUCACCGUUUCAAGGAGCGCUCCUUCAGCCUGCAACGAGCCAAUAGUUCACAGUCGGUGGCCUUGUGCACUGCCCCCAAGGAGUCUAAGCCCCUCCCACUGGCCACGCUGUCUGUCUCCCAGCAGCACCGCCCCUCUUCAUGCGUCGACAUCUUUGUGUCGGCAUCCGAGGAGGAGGGGCCAGCCAAGGUCUUCUUCGACCCACUGAGGAUGGCCCCUCCCCUCCGGCCCGACUCCUCGCUCCACUCUGAGAUUAUGGAGGCGGUGCUGUCGAGCGGGAGGGACUAUGGUGGAGGCAGCGGGUUGGGCGACAGACACUCUGAGGGUGGGGCCGUGUUCGAGGACAGCGUGGCUGCAGACCUGUCACUAUGCUCCGCCAACCUGCUCCCAGAUAACACCGUGCCGCUCUGGGAACUUGACCCCUCUCCUCCAGCAUCAGCGGGCCUGCUGGAGCGCUCCAAAAGCAGCCGCUACCUGUCCACUGGCGGCGGGGGCUACCUGGAAGAGCCUCAGCUGGUCAAGUCUCACAGCCUCAUGUUCACACCGCGAGGCUGUUAUGGAGGCCUAGGGGCAGGGGUUCAGGUCAAAGCGGCUGAGUACACCAGCAUCACCGACUGCAUAGACACCAGGUGUGUCUCUGCCCCUUACUCCACCGACGACUGUUGCAACUCCCCCGGAGGCUCCACCUCAUUCCCUUUUGACAAGCCCCCUGAAAUGAGCUCCUCCCACCCAGAGCGCGAGGCUGAGCUCAGCCACACAGAGUCAGAGCCUGAAGACCUAGAGGACAUGGCCCCUGCCCCCGAGCCCCGUCGCACAGGGGGUGGCUUAGGAGGGGUGAGUGGGACCCCCUUCUGCUCGCCCUUCUCCAGGCUGGAACGAGCCAACAGCUGCUCCUCAGACGACUCCUCCCACCCAUCCUUGGCCCCUCCUCCCCACAGAAAAAGCCUGUCGGUCAGUGAGAGGAUGGAGAGGGGUACAGACCAUGGGGUGCUGGGGGAACCCAGGAACCCCUUCCUGAGGAGCAAGUCUGGGGCGCGGCCUGACGCCAAGACAGACAGCCUCUCCAAGAGGAAGCUGACCACCCCCUCUGCAUUCCGCAGCUUCAACAGCAGACACAACUACACGUGACAAUUAUGAAGGGAACAGGAAUGGGACAGGGCACAUUCUGUUAUACAAGACCAUAGGGCUGGCUGGGGGGAAAGCAAGGUCCAUGGGGAGGGAACCUACCAGUCUUAAACAAAGUGCUAUGAAGCUAGGGUAGUUCUUACCUCCUCCUCAAGCUGACUCUCAUUGCGUGUUUGGUAAUGGAGGCUAUGUACCGUGUCUGUCUACAAUUUUUUUUGGUCAAGUCAACACACUAAUGCAUCACAUGUCACAGAACACUAGUCUAGUUCACACAAGUAUAGAAAACAAAUUCUACUAAUAACAGGUUAGUCAGAGUCUUUAGAAAAUGAUCAACUUGGCCACCUGACAAUAUAUGACUAUAGGUCAGUAUUGCCAAAUUUCCUCAGGUUCUCCUUAUUUUCUCUUUGCUCUUAAACUGCCCAUACCCAUGGAUAUGACUCUUUGCUUUUGUGCUUCCACCACUGACAUAGCACUGCAUGCUACUGUAACUGCAUGCUACAACAGUAGCAGCAGUAGUAACCUAGUCCCCAGGGUAAUUGUACGUAUUGCAUAUAAGCCUGAAACGCCAACAACUCAAAUCUGGCCUAUGUGGUAUUGAAAAAUAGUCGUGGCUCCGAAUAAAAAAAACUUGUGGAGAGCUGAGGUGUUCAGAGGGAGGUGAUUGAUUAGAAAUAAAGCCAAUGGCUAUGGGUCAGGACUUUUUCCUGAUCUUUCUAUUGGGUUAAUGAAGGCCAUGUUUGAAGCUUUGGUCCACCAGACCAUCUGAACAUUAGGAGGAAGGGUCAGGUGAACUAGAUUACAGCAGUAAGGACUGUAGUAGAACACACAGAGACCAGUCAAACAUUAUUAUUUUUAAUUGAACCUUUAUUUAACUAGGCAAGUCAGUUAAGAACAAAUUCUUAAUUACAAUGACAGCCUACCGGGCAACAGUGGGUUAACUGCCUUGUUCAGGGGCAGAACGACAGCUUUUUACCUUGUCAGCUCUGGGAUUCAAUCCAGCAAACCUUUGGUUACUGGCCCAACGCUCUAACCACUAGGCUACCUGCCACCCCAAACUGGUGAUGCAGGUUGAAUUUAUGGAUAUAACAAGGCUCUAUUAUGUAUAAUGCAUGUCCCUGAUUUAAAAUCCAUGCACACUGGCAGUCAGGUAGCAUUGACCCAACAGAGUUCCAGGGUACUAAAAUAUAUUACCUACAUGGCCUCAGUAACAAGGAAGAUGGAAUAUUUAGUUAAAUGUAGACUCAUCGUAAGUGUCUAUCUAUUUACUUGCGUUGCCCAAUCCCCAGUCACGUGGGCUUAUUGUCACUGUGGCCUACAGUGUAGAGGAGUAAACACGCACACACACAUAAUCAUACAUGCACACUAAUGCCUUCAAGGUGAAUGGAAUGGGUGAAGGAAAGCCAAAACAAUUCCUCUAAUGUAACAGAUUGUUUGAUAGCACCAGCAUCAUUCCAAUGUUAUAAGUACUUCCCUUAGAUUGCCUUUUCUCAGUGAAAAACUCAGAACUGGACACAAGAGGGAGAUGUGACCCUAUUUGGAGAGUCCUUCAUCCUAAGCAGUAUGCCCAUUAUGAAAUUGCAACACUUCAAAAUCAAAAUGAUUAAAGUAGCCUUUUUAGCAACCAAACAUCAAACAUGACUGGUAAUAGUACCCGUUCCUUUCAUUUCUGUGGUAGCAGCAUUCUGUUGCUUGGGUCUGACACCAGUCUCAAGUAGCCAGACAUUUUAAUCUCCUGUUCGGUUUGAAUAGUGAGCUUCAAGAUGAGAAGGCUGGAAAGCUAGACAGACACUGGCCUAUGAACUAUCAUUGGAUCCGUCCUUCUUACUUUUUUUGCAGUCGUUCAUGAUUUAUUCUAUUCAAAUUGAAGCACCAGACUGACCAAUGUAAUCACCUAGAAUGGUAAACUGAAACCGGCAGAAAAUUGUCUGCAAAAUUUGUAGAACUACAGAAUACUGUAUGUAAGAGUAGGCUAGAAGAGAAUCGUUUGGUAACUGAAUUCCACAAGAUGGAGUUAUUUGAAACAUUUGCAAAAGAGUCAGCUCUAUGAAUCGUAUGCAUUUUAUGAGAGGUAGAGACACCUUUCAAGUUAAUGUAAAAAAGCAAUGGCAGAGAACCAGUGUUUUUCAAAUCCCUUAAUUUAUUUCAACUCAUAAUAUCUGACUGGUGUGGAAUACCUGUUACAACAUGUUUGUAAUGAUGGAACUAGAUGAGUAACAUUUACAUCACAGGUUCUCAAAAAAUAAGAUAUGUUUGUGUUUUAUAUUUGAUCAAUAUUAUAUCACUUUAAUUGAAUUACAUUGCAAUUGUUUUGAUUGCUUAUAUUGACCUAUUUUUUUGCUUACAAUGAAUAAUUGAAUGGCUGUUUGAAAUACGAACUGACUAUUUGUACCUUCUCAGUGCUAUUUUGUCAAAUUUAAAGUAUUGAAUUAUUACAAGCUUUUAACAUGUAUAAAAGGUGUCACCUAUAAGCACUGAUGUAUUAUAUGGUUUACUUAAUAUAUCAUGUGAUUAAUUACUAUAUUGUACAUCACAAUCACAAUUCAAGUAUUGAAUCAUUUGUUUAUAUUGUAUGUUAUUGAGCAGCUGUCAAAGAGAAAGAAAAAUAUAUUUUUGAAUGUAAGUUGGAUAUUUUAAAGCAAUACUCCGCUAAAAGCAUUACCAAACUGAGGGUGCCUUUCAAGCAUGGAGUGGCUAUUUGAAAUUCACAGUAAUUAAAACAUUACAUGAAAUCUGCACAUUCAUUUUGUUUGUAAAUUUUCUCACGAAUCUAGUUACACAAUUAAGGACCCAUGGUAUUAUUUUCCUGAAUUUCUUAACUGUGGGGAUAAUGCAGUUGAAGUGGUUACAGCGUUUUGUCGUACACUGGAGAAAAACAUUGAUUUCAUGGCUAAGAACAUGUGCGAGACCUAUGAGAUAGACCUAGGAGAUAGACCUAGGAGAUAGACCUAGGAGGUGGCACUGGCACUCUAUGCCUUUUGAUAGUUUGUUUUUGGAGAGGGGGGGACUGGCUGCUCUCUGUGUAUCUUCACUCUUGGUCUGAAUGUUUCAUUUGCCUUAUCAAUGUCCAAUACUAUUGAAUAGGUAUUUUCACACAUUUCCUAAACUGCUUCUUUAUUUUGUAAGGAUGUAGAUGUGACACUCAGCAGAUGGAGGAAAUGUGUUGUAAAAUAAGGAAUAUUCCAAUCUCUCUUGAGCAGACAGGCCUCCGCUAAUCACUGUGCAUAUGCAUUCAACCCAAAUUCUCAUGGGACCUUAGAUCUAUAUUUCUUUUGUGUAAGGAAAUGUAAAAUGACCACUCUCUUCAGUUGUGUUCCAUGAAACCCAACCCUCCCGCCCCUUUUGUGGACACAGGAGUCAAAGUUAAAACCAACUAAAACCAACAAUGAGCUUUAAUACAAAUCACAAAGUGUGAAGAAUAGGCCGGUGAGCUUGGGCUUUUGUUCAAAACUAGUGUAAGAACAUCCAACAACUUUCAGGUGCAGGAUGCAUAUAGUCAUGAAGAAGAAAAAACUGCACAAUGUUGGAUUCUCGUGUUGUUAGUUGUUGGUGCGGUUUUAUCUCACAAUACACGGGAUAGUUCACUUUUAUAAAAUGUUAAGUAAAUAAAUAAGCUAAAGUUUUAAUAAAAAGUGAACAAACUGUUUAAAAGAUGUCUCAACACCAUUGAACACACUCGUUGAAGGAACAUUGCAUUUCAAUAGAAGAGCGAUAAUGUGAAGGUUUGGUUCCCCUUUGGCUUUUUGUCCAGGCACUGGUUUGGAUCCUGGGUCCUUUAAUUAACCUCAGUGAAUGGGCUCUUAGCCCUCACGGGGACAAAAUAAAUAUUUUUGUUUUCCUUAUGGAAAGGGGCAUGCAAGGACAAACAUGUCCAUAGCACUUCUAAAUCCUGUGUAAAUGCUCUGUAAAUGUUUGCUCUGUUGUACAAUAUACUAAUACAUAAAAUAAAAGGGAGAUCUAUGUACUGUACCAGUCAAAAGUUUGGACACACCUACUCAUACAAGGUUUUUUUGUACAUUUUUACUAUUUUCUACAUUGUAGAAUAAUAGUGAAGACAUCAA